AUGGAGAACAGACAGGUACACGAAGACGGGGGGAUUCUUUUCGCCCUCAGUAACCCCUACAGCGAACACCUGUUGUGGUAUGGCCGCUAUAUCGACGAUCUCCUGUUCAUUUGGGUAUCCGAUGUGGCGGACAUACAGGGGUUCAUGGAGUUUCUUAACUCCAAUGACUGUAACCUCAUAUUUACGGGCAGCCAUCAACAGGGGGAAAUAGAUUUUCUUGACUUACACUUACGGGGUGACAAAAUGAUCGGCAAAAUUAUAUCCACUACGUAUAGAAAGAAAACAUCAAUUUCGGAGCUAAAUGUUCAGAACACUGGGGCAGUGGAGUAUGCCUUUAAGAGCUAUAGCCUUCAGUCUUCUUACUGUUCCAUAUUUUCAUCUAGGAGCUUUCAGGUCAGACUGGGAGAACACAACAUCGCUACCAGUGAAGGCACCGAGCAGUUCAUUAACUCCGCCAAGGUCAUCAGACAUGGAAGCUACAACUCCAGAACCCUGGACAAUGACAUCCUGUUGAUCAAGCUGGCCUCUGCCGCCACCCUCAACUCCUACGUCAAGGCUGUUGGUCUGCCCACUGGCUGCGCUUCUGCCGGAACCAGCUGUCUGAUCUCCGGAUGGGGCAACACCCUCAGCAGUGGAAGUAACAUGCCCAACCUCCUGCAGUGCCUGAACGCCCCCAUCCUGACCGCCUCCCAGUGUAGCAACGCCUACCCCGGUGAGAUCACCGGCAACAUGAUCUGUUUAGGUGGUUUAGAAGGUGACUCCGGUGGACCCGUGGUCUGCAAUGGACAGCUCCAGGGUGUUGUCUCCUGGGGAUAUGGCUGUGCCCUCAGGAACUAUCCUGGUGUCUACACCAAGGUCUGCAACUACAACUCCUGGAUCUCCAGCACCGUUGCCGCCAACUAA